AUGCCUUGGUCUUUCGCUCUGCCUCAUGUUCUCCUUACCAACCCUUAUUUGGCGGUUGCGACCCCAAUCACUGCAGGGACUACAGCGGCCCUCUUGACCAAUCGAAAGCAAAAUCGUCAAACCUACAAGCAGCUGAAGCAGCCGCCCUACAGUCCCCCAGGAUGGUUCUUCGCGCCGGCCUGGACCGUCCUUUAUGGAUUGAUGGGUUACGCCUCUCACCAUGCGACCACCACCGCGUCGCGAUCUUUUUCUCUAGCUGUCCGUGAUGCCAAUUCUACUGCUCAGACCCUCUACACCACGCAACUGGCCUUGAAUUUCCUCUGGAUGCCCCUCUUCUUCCGGCUGGGCCGACCGGCCUUAGCCUUGGGAGAUCUGGCCCUAUUAGCGGGCAAUGUGGGCGCCUUGAUGGUCAACUGGUGGACGGCCGAUCGGACCGCUUUCUGGUGUCUCGUUCCCUAUACUGUGUGGCUCGGAUAUGCGGCGUAUCUCAACGCCGGCUGUGGUAUCCUGAAUGGAUGGACGGUGCCUACUGGGAAGGAGCGUUCAGAGUAG